UCACUCAUUAUUCUAUUCGAAAAUAUAGACGUGGAUCUGUUUACAGAGCUAUAUUAACUCUUUUGAAACAUAGCACUAUCUUGACCCAAUUCUAUACGCACAAAUUUGACCUAAUUUUGCACAUGUUAGGACAACACCAUGCGGACGUGUAAAUGUGUACGUUAUAUUUGAUCGAAAAUCAUGGGUCGAAGUAGACAAAAGAAAAAGAAGGCACCCGAGGCAGUGGCCCCAUUAGCACACAACACAAGGUCGCAUGGAAAACAAUCCAGUCAAGAAAUUGCCCCAAGAAAGUCUUCAGAAAUGGAGAUUGUAACUGUAGACUUUAAAAGCAGGUUAUUGUCUAAAUUAGGCCCUCCAAAAAAGGAACGGGGUGGCAAACGAAAAAUGGCAAUAGGCAACCAGAGCUCAGGUGAUGACAGUAAAAGUAAGUCUGCAAAGAAGGAUGCCAGUUUAUUAAGUCCUGCACCUAAGGAAUCAAAAGAGCCUGAAGGCAGGAAAGGAGAAGAAUCAGAUAAUUUGGAAACUUUGACAAUGCCAAAGAGCAAGAGAGACAAAUGGCUCAGUCUUCCUUUAAAUUCACCUGACAGAUUUACUUCACCAAAAAGAUCAAGAGGCAGAGACAGAAAAAGUGAAAUUUCUGUUGGUGGUAAUUUAGACACAGCAAAGAGGAAAGAAGAUGAAGACAUAAGAACAGCCGAUGAAUUUGACAUUGGUACUCAUGGUAAAAUAAAUGCAGUUAGGGAAGGGGAAAAAGGAGAAUCACUUGCAUAUAAUGUGAAAGGAGUGCACCAAGAAAGCAUGUUUUCCCUGAAGGAUCCAAACUCUGUACUGAUUACCUUGAACCAUCCCCAGGAAUUUUGUUUCAAGGGAAAGUGUGAAAUUUCUGUGGUUGUUGGAGAAGUCAUGGUGCUUGGGUUCAAGAUCAAGCCUGGUGCUGCUCCCUAUAGGAUGUACUCUCCCGACAGCAGUAGCCUCUUGUUGGUCAAAACUGCAGGGGACAGAGAAAAUAUAGACGUAAUUAACAAGACAAGCAUAGGAGUUUACAAGGACUCUGAUGCUCUUAAAAAAAGGACAGCAGCUGUAAAGAAUUUUUUAAAAAACGAGGACAGUGAAAUUCUUACAGGAGUUCUACAUGAAAUGACUCAGCAAAGUGUGGUGCUUCAUUUCAAGCAACUAGAUAGCCUGUGUUGCGAUUAUGUCUCCAGUAUAAGUCCAUUUCAGAAUCUUUUCUCCCCUAUGCCACAGAGCACAACUUCAGAUAUCAACCUUGACAUUGGUGUUCAGAUCAUUCAUGACAGACCACCAGCUGUCCUUGAGAUAACUGAGAACUAUGAGUAUGUGUCUGAGAUGUGGUGUAGUGCAAUAGAGGGAUGUCAUGAUCCUGGCCCAGUGGUGGUCCUCUGUGGGGGGAAGAACAUGGGGAAGUCAACGCUUGGGCGUUAUCUGGUCAACUCUGCUUUAAACUGUUGCAAAGAAGUCUGUUACCUGGAAUGUGAUAUUGGGCAGUCAGAAUUCUCCCUGCAGGGCUGUGUGACACUGAACUCUGUAACUGAACCAUUGCUAGGACCACCAUUCACACACCAGCAAGAACCUGUAUGCUCCACAUUUGUUGGAUGUGCCUCUCCUGCUGAAGAUCCCAACCAUUAUGUGAACUGUGUCAAGUAUGUCUUCAAUCAGUACAAGUCUCAGUUUUCUACCACACCACUGAUUGUGAAUACUAUGGGAUGGAAUAAAGGUCUGGGACUAAACCUAUUGGUGGAUGUGCUGAGGACUGUACGACCACACUUUGUUGUUCAGCUGGACUCUGCCAAGACACAGUCGAAGAAUCUCCCUCCAGUAACAUCCAACUUUGUGCAGGCGACACAAGGCUGGACUGAUAUGGAGGCAGGAACACUACCAGAUGAGGAAGUAGAUGAUGGACUGACUGAAUACAGCCAUAAACUGACCAUAAUAGAAUCUGCUAAUGAAACUCAACUUGAUCGCAAGGGCCGUUACAGUGCCCCAGACACAAGAGCUAUGGCCACCAUAGCAUAUUUGAGUAGACUGCAUGUGCCAUCUAGUGAGCAUUUUGUGCCAAUCAACGCCCACCAGCCAUUCAUGGUGUCAUGGCGCAGUGUAGCAGUACAUGUCAGUGGCAGUAUGGUCCCGCCCUCACAAGUCAUGCAUGCUUUGAAUGGUUCUCUGGUGGCCUUGUGCAUGGUAGACCAGACCCUUAUGCUGCCACCUAGUGACCCAGAACUUCCAAGGUUCCUUACCUCUACUCCUGUAUGUCAAUGUCUCGGGUUUGGGAUUAUUAGAGGCAUAGAUCCUGUGAAGAAAGUUUUCUACAUUAUCACUCCCUUGUCGUCUGCCGUGUUGGAGAAAGUCAACUGUCUGGUGAAGGGUUCUCUGGAUAUUCCACACCAGAUGUUGUUAAAACAGAAGUGUCCAGGUCCUCUGCCCUAUGUAGACUCCCCCAGGGAUGGACUCGGGGCUGGCAGUGUAAAACCUAGACAGUACCUUCAGAGGAAGAAAUAUUCCAAAUCUUUGCUGGAUAAUUUGUGAUCCCAUGGUAAACGUAUUUGGAAACAAAAUGGGACUUUUUAUUGGAACUUCAUCUUCAUGUUGAUGAUAAAUUUUUAGCAUCAAUUUUGGUUUUGAAUCAUAACAGUAAUAUUUUUUAUUAGGGUUUUCUUUUAAAAGAUUUUGCAUAAUGCCAUGCACAUUUUUUAAAUUGAAAAUAGAACCAGGUUUCUGAAAGGACCUGCAUCUUUGUUUUGAUGUUAAUUUUUUUAGCAGGCUUUUCAAUUUUUCAGUUUUUACUUUAAGUUUUCAUUUUUAAGUCAUUUGAUCAGUCAUUCAAGAAAAGACUUGGUAAAUGCGAAGUGGAAAUGAAAAAUGUUCUUAGAUUCAUGUCUCACCUAACACAAUGAAGAAACAUUCAAUGUGUUGAGUGUUUAGCACAGCAGCUUCCCCUUCAAAAAUGUUACUCUACUGCCUAGUAGAAGUGAUUCUAUACAAGAAUGUGUUUUUGCCAAGUGGGAUUUGGAUCACUAUUAAAUUGAUUAAAUAUUCUUAUUUUGCAUUUAUGUAGAAAUCACAAGGUGACCUCAAAUUAUUUAUAUAAAAAAUCAUUCCAAA